CUUGACUUGAAUCUUUUUGGAUUAUUUCAGGAGGAGGUGGACGAUAGUCCACCUUUCAGUAUCAUCGACGGGGCAACAUAUUUUAGGCGGAAAAAGGAAUGGCAUUUGUUUGGCGAUUUUUCGCUGAAAAUACUCGGGGAGAUAACGGAUGGUGGUUUGUGGGUGUGCGCCUUCGGGGCUCGCGUGCUUGGAAGGCAUGUUGAAAGGUGAGCUUAAAUUUUUUAAAAUUUGAUUCAUGCCUGCUAUUAUUACAUCCGCGACUAACCUCGCAGGAGGAUGUUAGAAAAGGUUUACGCAGGGAAAGAAAACUAUUAGUGUUGAAGGUGCUUUAACCCAGUUAUUCUAGGGGCAUGCUCUACCAGAAAAGGUAGGGUUUGGAAAAAGUACUGUUUGCUGGGGUGAGGGGAGGCACCAUUCCGUUUAAUAUCCAACCCCCCCCCUCCCCACCCGAUGUGGAUGAUGUUCAUUUUUCGGUAGUCUUUCAGAAAUAAUAUUAUACCCUAACCCCCUACAAAUACCUAUGGAUGAGUUUUAAAAAAUUGAAGCCCAUAAGAAAUACCUAUCGAUGAGAUCAAUUUAUGAAAGGCCUUCAGAUUAUGAAAACACGCAUGAUUUCUCCUGCAACCCAUAUUCAUGUUUUAGGGAAUCCCUCAGAUAAUCUCGUCCAUGGACGGAGCAGGCGGGGGGGGUGGAUAUUAAAUGGAAUGGCCCGAGUUGACCAGCUUGCAUUCUGAAAGGUAGACUUUGAUGAAUUUUGGCCUCUCGUAUCUUUCCGAACUCAGCAUGGGGCUGGUCCCUACAUUACAUUACCCAAUUCAUGCAUCAGCAAACCAAAUACCUGUAACAGACCAUCAACAAAGUCAGGUCUCCCCAAUUUAGGAGUAGUAGAGUAACACUGCAGUACUAACUGAGCUUAUGUCUUUUAGUUCUUAAUGAAAGGAAACUGGAUUGUUAUUAUGGGUUAUAAAUAACAAUAUUAUACUGUCAGUUUAUGUUUAUGUUUUCGUUUUGUAUCCUUAGGAGAAUUGUUAUUCCAGCAAGUUCCUUCGAUGGGAAGGUGAAGUUCCUUGAAAAGACAAGGAAAAGUUUUGGAGGAGGCACCUUCAACAUUAGUGAAGGUGCCCUUCUCGAAAGUUAUUACUCCUUUUUAAAGGAGGAGUAUUACGAAGGAAGGCCCAGGCAGUACUAUGCUGCUGAGUGCAUUGGCUUACAACCACACACGAGUGACUACUGGUGUCUUUCAAAGGAGGUAUGUUAUGUUCAGUGAUAUGCGUUAGUAUAGACUUGCCCACAAGUCGAGCUCAAAAUUUUUCUCGAGCACAAAGCGUGAGCUUCACGUUGGGGACCACUACCGUAAUGAGAAACGAGAAUUGACGUACUUUGAGAACUGCAUGAAAACACAAACUGGAUUUUAAUAAGAUGCUAUUUGGUUUGGACCAUGUUAUAAUAUACCAAAAUAAAGUGACUGAAUCUUUGCUAAUUGUAGAUGAAACAGAAGCAUGAAUUGUAAUAGUGAUAUUUUACCAUUUCUGUGAAGAAACCUUGAUUCAUGUUUGAUUUGGUUGUUGUUGUGUUAGAUUCACCUGCAAAGUGGUGUCAUACGACCCAAAGAAACACAGCGAUUCCUUUUUACGAGUGAAGCAUUGGAAAUGUAUGAAGUUCACAUCAACCGUGCUCUUUUGGAAGACAAGAAGCACUGCCUUAAUGUUUGUAAAAGGUCAGAUAAAUUACUGAUGUAUGGACACAAAAUAGUGGGCCUAGGGAAAAUUCAAAUGAAAAGGCCAUUGUCUGAGUGUUAUACCCUUUUAACUCUAACACCCCUUAAGAGGCUAAAAACAUCCUUGUUUGGUAUGUCCAGAUGUUGGAUGAUCAUUAUGCAUUUCAGUGAUUAGCUUUGUGAUUUAAUACGAACAUGUACUUGAGCUGACAAUUUCUGUUCGAAUAGUUAUAAUAGGUAAUAUGUAAUAAUUGAAAAUUAUUUCAUUAUUUCUAACUGUUUAAUUAGUGGAUGUUAGGAUUGUGAAGUGACCAUAUAUCCAUUGACCUUAUUCAUUUUUGUGUCCGUAAUAGCUGUUAUGUACUUUCAUACAAUAAACUUGCCACCAAUUUUUCAUUGUAACAGGUUUAUCGAUGCUUCUACUGUUUUUGGAGUCAACGAAAGCGCAGUUAAACUGGCCACAGGUUUUAUGUUGCUGAGAAUUCUGCGAAUAAAUGAUGAAGAAUCAUGGAGUAAGUAUACACUACAGGUCAAAAUUUAAUUCAGGAUAAUUUUUUUUUAACCUAGCUUCAUUCUCUAAUUCCUUUGUCUCCUAUUCCUAAUUAUUCAUGACUUUAAGGGCUAGGAAACAAAGGAAAUUAUAGAGGAUCAACUUCGCUUAAAAAUUUCUAGCAUCAACUUAAUUUUAAUUUGAUUUCAAGUUAAUUUUGAUUUAACCUAAGUUGAUUCUCAAUUUCCUUUGUCUUUAUUAUUCGUGAAAAUAAUAGGGCUAGGAAACAAAGUAAAUUGAGAAUCAACUUACCGUAGGUUGAAACAAAAUUAACCGCGAAAUCAAAAGUGACCUGUAACAUAUACAUUGUUCAUAUUUUAAAGUGCCCACUCAUGAGAAGUGACUAACAAAAAAUGCAACCAACAAAGUAUGGUUGACCACUUAACAGGCCAGCGGUUCUUUUGAUAGUGAAGUACUGACCAAUUUUGUCCUAAUCCUCAGAACCGUUGCAAAUGACUCUUCUGUAAAUGUUUAUCUACAACAAUGCAUGGUGACCAAGUCCUCUUUUGAAGAUCCUGGUACAGAAAAAAAAAAUGCCAUUUGAAAUAUAAAUAUGCAACCUUCCUGAAAAGGAUAAUUUAUGGCAAUAAUAUGAUUGUAGUCUGCAGUCAGUUUCAAUGUUGACUGUUGGUCUUUUGAUGAACUUAUUCUUUUGCAGAUGAAAGUUCAAUUGGUCUUCUUUAUUCUUCAAUCGAAGAACGAAAUGUUGGGAAGUCCCUUACAUUGGACUUGCUGGCUAAAGGUCAGGGCAUAGCCACCCGCAAACACCCAACCAUGCUUGCGGGCGGUGAUCAAAAUCAAUGUGGAGCAUCAGUGUAAGUCAUGAUUACUGUAAAUGACCUAAUAAAUGACAAUGGGUCCAAGCAUGGGUGGUUAAGUUAGGAGGUGGUUAGAAAGAGGCGUUUGUGUAUAUAACUGUAAAAAGCUAAAAAAACUAAUGUGCUUUUUGCAAAAAUAUUUAAGAGAGUAAAUAGCAGGAUAUCCACUUCAUAAAAAUUCAUCGAUUGAUAUGUCUAGGUUGUCUAGAGAUCCAUAUUGCUCUUUCAAAUCCCAACACCGAUAAUGGAAUACUCCCUCAGGAUUACUUUGAACUCAACAUAAAAAAUAAAACCUAUGACCAAGAAAUGCAAUUUUGUAUACAUGACCUAUUUAAUAUAUGCUGAGAUUAUUAUUUUGUUUCCUUACAGUCCAGUCAUCAGGGACACACUGUCAAAAACAAAUUUAUUAGUAAUGGUUGACGAUCCUAUCAUUUCUACCAAUCUUGCGGAACUGAUACUGCAAGUCCAAAGUGGUCUCACUAUGGGAUCAAGAAAUGCAGGAGUUGGUGCACCUGGUGGGAGUCUUUUACUCACUUCAAAUAGUUGCGUAACUCAAAGGUAUUCCUUCAAUAAUGUUAUUACUCAUUUGAACAUGACCUAAUCAGACGUUUUAAGACAGAAAAUGUUUUUUAUAUAUAUAUGUAUGUUUUGUGCCAUUUCUUGCAAGACCUUAAAUGCAAUUAGUAAUGCUCCAAAUUUCAAUAAAUACCUAUUUUAACUACCAUAAAAGGUGAACUCUUAACAGAUUUAGCAAUUAGGGCUACCUCCCUUUUGAGUCAAGCCUUGACAUACAACAUAUAACUGUACUUCCUAAAAGUUAUGUUUUGUUAAGUUGUCAAAGGCUACAUGCAUUUUGUUGCCUAUUUGUGAUAGAAGUAAAUCGUCAUCUAUUUUUUCAGGGCUGAGGGACGUGUGCUGGUGUUUGAAUACAGGAAGGCUCCUUUCUCAAUAGAAGCUGAGAAAGCUCUUGAUGCUGGGAUCAAGAAGAUUGCUGCGGAAAAUACAGUAAUAAAUAUAUAUAUAAAUGUAUUCAUAUAUUUAACACUUAUUCCACGACUGCGCAUUGGAUAUGUGAUGGUAGAUAGCCCACAAGGCAUGUAGUGCCUAGCUGGCUAAAAUCAUCUCAUAUCCAACAAGUGGGAAUGGAAUAAUUUGUUUUAUUAAAAAUGCCCACAAAAUAUCAAGAAUUAUUUCCCACUUUAUUUAAAACACAACCAAUUCGGCUUGUCUUUAAUUUUAAGCAGACGCAUACAGUUACCAUAUUUGGAGAGCAUGGUCUAAUGGCUCAUAUACCAUGAUAGCUGUGCCAAUCAGAGCUCUAGAAUUGGACUAUCCAAUGAUUCCGUUUUUAAUAAAUAUAUAUGAUACAGACAAAUUAUGUUUAAUGGUGCUGCUUGAAAGUAUUCAUGACAUUUCACACAGGUUAAAAACAAAGCAAAUUAAAAUGAUUAAUAAAAGAAAUUUCCCAUCCAUGAUCAAAGGGUUAAGGAUGGAAAAUAAAAAUAACUAAAUUUCCCCAGGAGUAUGGAGAUUUGCUAGAAAAGUACAAAUAACACAUGCACACACACACACCCACCCACACAUACACACACAUUUCCAACACAGUAUAGCCCGGAUAGCUUGAAGUCGGAAGGGAAACAACAAAAAGUUUGAUGUAGAGAUGAAUUCUAUUUCUCGGAGUAAAUUUCAGUGAAGUUUUGAUCAAGGGAAAGCAAAUUAACUUUGAGAUAGCUGGAAAUUUGAGUUAUCAAGGUUCUUCUGUAUAUUUAUCAGGGUAUUACUUGCUAUGACAACAAUUUAUGACCCUUCCUUUAAAAUACUAUUCACCUCAAUAACAUGGAAAACCUACUGAAGCUGCUCCAUAGACUAACUUCGCAAUGCAAAUUUUGUAUGAUAUAUGUAUAUAUUUUCAUUUCAAAUAUCUCUAGGGGUUUCUUCUAGCCUGGGCAAUAAGAAUGAAAAGCUUAUGGCAGCAAGUCAUGCCAGACAUUGUUGCUGACAUUAGAUCAAUACUUGAUGUAUUGUUGACAAGAAUGCAGCCCAGGUGGACCAAAGGGAUGGCUGGAGUCAUAGCAACUCAUGCUAUUGUAAGUUGACGAAUAUCCCUAUAUUCAUUGUUAACUUUAAUCAUUGAGAUAGUAUCAAGUGAAUUUGAAGAAUCUAACACACAGAGCAACACAUCUUCCUUUGAUGCUACGACACUCAGUUCCCAUAUCCCCGAGAUGGGCUAGCUAACAAAGAUGGCACAGAACGUUUGACCCUGUAAGUCCCAAUAGUGACAAACAUCAUAAAAUAGCAUUAAAAAUUUAAUAACAUUAUCAUUCAUUUCCAAAUAGUUUCAUGCUUCAGUUGGUAUUGACCCAGAUACCAGCAAAAUUGUCUUGGAAGUUUUAAACCAGAACACAACUGUCCAGAAGGAGAGCGCUAUCACCAGACUACAGCGCAGCAUACUAUCCAAAUUGGAGACAGACGAGUCAAAUGUAAGUUCAUUGAGCAAUUGAAAUGGAAAAUAAUAAAUGGUCAACAUAUCAGUCAAAUAACAUUCAACGUGUUUCAAAAAUUUCUGUCAGAGCCCUUUUGGUCAUCUAUGCCUCCAAUAAAUUUUUGUUAAGUGAUGUCUAUCCCCAUGUUAUAGCAGAUAGUGACUUACUUACUAGCAUAAAAGUUAUUGGACUUCUAUGUUAUCAUCAAUUGACAGCUUUAAAAAAAAUUAGGGUACCACUAUCCAUUAACCAAUGUCACAUGACCAUAAAGUCACGGCCUUGGUUUCAAUUCAGUUGUGUCCAUAUGACAAUGCCAAUGUAGCUACCGGUAUGUUUGAACAAGACUCAUCAAGAAUCAUUCAAAUUCUCUUAGUUUAAAGCACAACAUAACACUUAAAAGCAGGGUUGUCAAAAAGAUUUCAAGUUGGCGGGUAAAUACAUCAAGUACCCAGGGAAUCAAACAUCUGAGGGAGUUUCUCUUGGUUCUAUUUUUUUGCUGUUUUCUUUUGAAAGUAACCAGGGGGCCACGUUUAUAGUAGUCAGGGAAAAUCGCUGGCCCUACCUGUUAACGACAGCACUGCAAGAAUGGAAUGUAACGGUAAUAGUUUCAAGCCGUACAUAACCUCUCUUGUUUAUACUCUCAUGACUUGAAAGACAUGUAAAAUAAAUCAGAAUAUGGACACUCAGAUGACAAUGGCUCCAAGCUUGAGAAUGGAGGUAUUUGAGGGAUAACUUUCUUUGUUGAUGAGGUCUCACUGAAUUACAGCUGCUGCUCAAUGCUCUUUCAAGAGUGUGCAGUUAGUCGAUGGAAUUAUUAUUUGGAUAAUUAAGUUGUUUACUUUUCACAAUGUUAGGUUCUUUGUUGGAUAAAUCCCCUGGUUAAAGUGUCCGUCAAAGACAAGUUUGUGGCAUCUAUUGGCAUAAAAGCUUCUGUGUUGGAAGGAUUUUCACAGACUUCUGUGAGGGUAAUACGUAUAAAAAGUAUUUUUCUAGUACAAAUUAUAAUCCGGAUCAUAGGCAAAUAUAUUUAAGCACUGGACUUUUAUUUUUUCCAAGGAUACUUUUCCAAAAUAGGGAAUAAUACAUGUAGUAAUACAGAUAACUGAACAAAAUACAGAAAUGUUACCUUCAAUAUUUUUUAAAUUCUUAAAAAAAUGCACAAGAUCUUGUUCCAAGUUGCAUGCAGCUGUACUGGCAAAUAAUGCACACAAUUUUCAAAUCUGACAGAGAAAAAAAAAAUUCGUAUUCGUAGGUGUUUACUCUAAUAAUUUAUUAAUAUCAUUUUAGGAGAUUGGCAACUGGCUCAGAGAAGUGACAGAUUGCAAGAAGAGCAUGUCAAUAUCCUUCGCAAGUAGCGAGUCGUGCACUGUUGACGACUUAAAAAAAAGAAAUGACAAGUGCAAGUCAUACAGGGGCUGGAAAGUUCCAUUAAUGUUUUUGAGUGCAGAUGUUUUGGAAAAAUUAAAAGGUAAUUGCAAUAUAUUACCUUUUUUUAUUACUGGCCAGUACAAUUCGUAUUAACAUAAAUAACAUUAUUUUUAUGAAAAAAAUAAAUGCUAUAAAUUGCAUGUAAUGUUUGUUUUCAUUUCUCCGUUCUUUCUCACUCAAGGUUAGGGAUGAAUAACACUGUGAGUCUUAAUUUUAAUAGAACGAUGUGGAUCUAGCCUCAAUGCAUGUGCUGAUCACAGAGAGAGCAGUAGUGAUGAAGAAGUCGGGGAAGUUGCUGCCCCUUCUGCUUCAGUAAGCAAGUUUGAGGAUUUUCAGGGCCAACUCCAUGCUAUGGAUUUGUAUUUGUUGAAAUAUUUUAAAGGUAUGUAUACAAUCGGGUUUUAAAAACCUGUUCCCCCAAAAUAGGCAAAGUGUGUGGUAUUUGCAUCCAGGUACCAUUGUCUUUAUAUUUUAUUUUUCCUGCAUAUAUCUGAUGAAAACUGUAUAAAAUUAGAUAGUAAUAGGAACUGAUUCAAUUUCAUUUUGUCUCACAUAAUCUCCACAAAGUUCUUGUGUUGAAAAAGGUGUAACCCCACCAAACUAAUAAGUAAUUAAUUAAUUAAAAAUAAGGCAAAUUGACAAUGUUUUUGUUUGGUUAUAUGCCUUGUUGUCCAUUUUAAAGCUGAAUGUUAUGGUUCUCUUCGUAUUAGAUAAUGAACCACAACCGCAAGAAGAAAGGGAAACUGAAGCUAUGGAGCUUGAGAAUUUUACGGAUGUAAGUAGUUCAUUUUGUUGUAAAACUUCGCUGUUUUUUGGGGGGGGGGGGGAGGGAGGUUCAGGGACACUCCCUUAUCAGAUGGGGCCGAAUGUUUACCAGUGCUGUCACUCAUUCAACUUAUUUAAGGAUGUUAAAGUGGCGGAUACAAUGGUUUUGGGUUGCGACCCCAAGUUGUAUGGAAAAUAAGAAACAAAGUCAAGGUCUAUAGAAAAAAAAAACAUUUAAUGGCAAUGAACUUAUAUAAUUAUAUAACUUAUAUUUGCAUACCUAUCCAGUCCUAGUAUGCUCCUCAGUUUUUGAUGAUUAUUUUGCAGAAGUUAACUCCAGAUAGCAAAAAAGUUUUCUCCAAUUGCACUCCGAAAAGCAGGAGCUUUUUCAAAAAGGUGAGUUUUUUUGCAAUUAAAUAAUACUUUUUGUGUGGCUUACAACCUUAACAGAAAUAGGGUCCAUGUUAUCCAUACCUCCAACAGGGUAUUGAUUGAUUGGGUAGUGUGCUUUCUUAAAAAAGGUUAGACAGUACUAAAGUUGUCCCUGUUGACUGAACAUGGUUUUCUUGAUUUCAAUUUACCUCUAGGGCUUUGAAGCAGCAAAACGACUCCAGGUGGAUAAAGCCCCAAGCUGUUCAAAUGCAUUGACAGAACAAGAACAGACCCCUGUCCCUGCAAAUAAGGCCAAUGAGACAGCAGGUGAUUGUUCGGUUUUGCAUACUAAACAAUAGUGGGUGAUGAUCAUGCUCUGUCUUUUCGAAUAAUAGUAAUUUUUAUUAUACUUGUGAAACAAAAAAAUGAUUUGUUUUCAUCUGAUCCAACAUCUAAGGUACCCGGAAACGAUUGUUCUCUCCUGGAUGCAUUGGGGUUUUACCACGACAAGGUAAUAAUAUUCAACCUUAUCAGAGCAGCAGUGCUGACAAAAAUUGAAACAAAAAUGGCAUUGUAAUAUCCCACAUUUUCAAUAAUGACAUAGACUGAAAAAUCUAUUUUUUACACUGAUAGUAAAAUAAUUAGUAAUAAGGUUGCCACAUUUACUACAGCUUUGAGGAACUUAAUCUCUUCCAUUUUAAAGGCCUAAUGAUGCUAAAAAAUGUUUGAAAUCACGAGGAGUUGCAAGUGAUCUGUGUCAAUUAACAUUUAAUUGAUGAUCCAAUGUAACAUGUUGAGCUUAACUGAGAGGUAAUUGCAGUAGUCACAUCAUUAAAUGAUUCAGUGCAUUUUGUGUCAACUAAUUUACCCCUUUCUUGAAAUUGUAGCAAAGAGCUCAAAACAAGAAGUGUGUGCCAAAUGCAACAAACAAAGCCCAUAUAAAAAAAAGGACUGGUCAGGCUUUUGGAUCAUGUGUGACACAUGUUUCAAAUGGUACCACAAGUAA